AUGGAUUCAAGAUCGGACAAGGAAUCUGUCAAGGCCAUCCCUGCGCCGGCGGACAGUGACCUCGGUGUUGGCGAAACGAUCGAAGUGAAGGAAGGGGAAAAGCUCAAACGUGAUGUGUCUCCCCAUAUGGUCCACGUAAGAACACGAGUCUUCCUCCUGGUUGAUACACUGAGUCCUAAUGGAAAGCAGGUCAUAUCCUUGGGUUGCAACAUCGGGAGUGGUUUGCUGGUUGCAAUGGGGAAAGCACUACAUACUGGCGGACCUGGUAACAUGGUAAUCGCUUACGCCCUUCUUUGCACCUGCGUUGGUGCGGUUCUCCAAACGCUCGCGGAAAUGACAAUCGCCUUCCCCGUCUCUGGAAACUUCGUGAACUAUGCUCAGCGCUGGCUCGAUCCAUCUUUGGCCUUUGCGGCUGGCUUUGCAGAGUGGCUGGGAUGGACCGCCGUAUCUUCUGCCGAGGCUACUGUCUUCACCGUUAUUGUGAACUAUUGGGCAAAGGAGUCUGUUCAUGAGGCUGUGUGGUUAUCGGUGUUCAUGGUGUUCGUUAUUGCGUUGUUCUUGCUGCCCAACAAGUACUUUGCCUAUUACGUGUACUUCGCAAGCUUGCUAAAGAUAAUCGGGUUGACCAUCGUCAUCAUCGUCUCCAUCGUUAUCAUUGCCGGAGGUGGCCCCACCGGCCGCGUCCACAACGGCGAGUAUUGGAGGACUCUACCGGUUUUUGCAAAUGGCUUCCAGGGCUUCUCCAACUGCGCCCUCCUUGCCCUUUGGGCCGUCGGCGACCAAGUCUUUGUUGGCAUCCUGGCCGGCGAAGCGGACGCGCCGCGAGUCUCCAUGGGGCGCGCAACAAAGCUAAUUCCGUACCGCAACGCGGUUCUGUACAUGUCAAGCGUAGUGUUGUGCACACUGAUGAUUCCCAUGAAUGACGACCGCCUAUUUGGCGGAUCGGGUUCUGCAGCGUCUCCCUUCGUCAUUGCCAUGAACGACGCCGGCAUCUCAGGGGUGCCCGACUUUUUCAAUGUCGUCAUCAUCAUCGGCAUCGCCGGGGUCGCAGUGGAAAGCAUCUACAUAUCGUCCAGAGUGCUGCGCUCUAUGGCGGAGCAAGAGCUCAUCCCGCGAUUCGUGGCGAGGGUGGAUUCGAGAGGACGGCCAAGAUGGAGCUUGGCCAUUACGUUGGCUACUGGGACUAUGUUGACCUACAUCAAUCUGUCGAAUACCGGGGCCGAGGUGUUUACGUGGCUGAAUUCCAUCACUUCUUCCUCUCUCUUCAUCGUCUGGCUUGUGGUCUGCCUCACGUCUUGGAGGUUCCGUGCGGCUCUGAAAGUCCAGGGCGAUCCGCUUUUCAACGAGCUGCACGCAUGGAGUUGCUGGGCUUGGCCCUUUCCUACGGCUUGGCUCUUCGUCUGUAGCGUGCUUUUGCUGGUCUGUUGCAUAUACAUCGGGUUGGUUCCCAUCGGAUCUACUUCUGUGUCUGCGUAUUCGUUUUUCCAGUACAUGAUUGGGGCUGUCAUAGUCGUUGUCUUUACCGCCGUCCACAAGGCCAUAUACCGCACCAAAUUACAGGAUCCAGCCACGGCCGACCUCAAGAGCGGACGGCAUAUACUGACGGCGGAAGAAGUUCGGUUGCUGGAUGUUUACUAUCGGAUGCCGGCCUGGAGACGAUCCCUAUCAUAUUUCCGGAGCUGA